GCCGGCCGAUACAUUGUAGCCGGAGCUGGAGACAUUGUAUCCUCGGCCUCCAGCUGUUGCCUACCUUCCCUGUGUCCGGCCGCUCAACCUUUCCAGCCAACCCUUCCUUCAUGAACAGUCCAAGAUGUCAGGGAAACAUUACAAAGGACCUGAAGUCAGCUGUUGCAUCAAGUAUUUUAUUUUCGGCUUUAAUAUUAUAUUCUGGUUUUUGGGAGUGGCCUUUCUGGGGAUCGGACUGUGGGCAUGGAGUGAAAAGGGAGUCUUGUCCAAUAUUUCAUCAAUCACAGACCUGGGUGGCUUCGAUCCAGUCUGGUUAUUCCUUGUGGUCGGAGGUGUGAUGUUCAUUCUGGGAUUUGCAGGAUGUAUUGGGGCUCUGCGAGAGAACACCUUCUUGUUGAAGUUUUUCUCUGUAUUCCUCGGAGUGAUCUUCUUCCUAGAGCUCACAGCUGGUGUCCUGGCGUUUGUCUUCAAGGACUGGAUCAGGGAUCAACUUAACCUUUUCAUUAACCAGAAUAUCAGAGCAUACCGAGAUGAUAUUGAUCUCCAAAAUCUUAUUGACUUCACACAGGAAUAUUGGGAAUGCUGUGGUGCCCAUAAUGCAGAUGAUUGGAAUCUGAAUAUUUACUUCAAUUGUACAGAGAGCAACACAAGUCGGGAACGGUGUGGAGUGCCCUUUUCUUGCUGUACCAAGGAUCCCACGGAGGAUGUCAUUAACACUCAAUGUGGUUACGAUGUCAGACUGAAAGUGGAUACUGAACAACGGAAUUAUAUUUACACUAAAGGUUGUGUGGGACAGUUUGAGAAAUGGCUCGGGGAAAAUCUGACAGUGGUUGCAGGAAUAUUUAUUGGAAUUGCAUUAUUACAGAUUUUUGGCAUCUGCCUAUCUCAGAACCUGGUCAGCGACAUUGAAGCAGUCAGGGCAAGCUGGUGACUGGAUGUCCUGUUAUAGAGUGGGCACAGCUUGGCACAUGGAUGAAAAACAGCAGCAGCACUCUGAAUGUACCUUGCACAUUGGGCCAUACAAUGGUCCGUGAAAAGGGUGGGGAGAGAGGCACGUGAUGGUUUGAGAAACAGUUGUUUCCCUCCUUCCUACCCCCCCACCCUGACUCCCAACAACUCUUCUUACCCCCUCCCCCACCAUCCUUCCCCAACACCACCCCCACCUCCAGAAACUGUGACUACGUUGCGAAGGAUCCUUGUUGUCGCUGCCAAAUGAUCAGAGGAAAUUCGAAACGGAGCAUCUUAAUACUUGGCCUGGCUGAAUGUGUCCUUUCUGCUAAACAGUUCUCCACCCAUGGCCAUGACAGGAUAGCCGAAGACACCAGCAUGUCGGAGAGAACUGUCCCUGCAUUUGGAAGCACAGUGGGAAAGGAAUCCUCCCUCCCCUCACCCUGCACAGUGACAACCUCAGGCCACCUGCCCCCUAGUAACAUUUUAAAAGUGACAUUGAUCAUUGAGUUUGCAGGGCAGAAGGAGCCAGUUGGGUCAGUGCUGUCUCGUUACUGAGAGAGGUGGACUGCACUCCCCAUUUUCCUGCACCUUCUCCAUGCCUGCUUUAACUUUCUGUCCUGCCUCCCAGGUGAAAACUUCACAGUACCUUGAAAUACAAGAUGGAAGGAGGGGGUAACAGCGCAAGUGAAGGACAUUAACAGAAUAAUUUAGUUAAAUUUCACAUGUCUGUUACUCAGGACAGUGACUCGAUGUUGUUUUUGUGAAGUUCUUUGCCAAAUAUAUAUGUUCGCUUUUCAUUAAGUGAGAGAAAGCAACCGCGUACCUUGUCUAACAAUGUUUAGUGAUAUUUUUCUUCUUGACACUUCCUUUCUUUUUGAAAGGAAUGUUUGCCCUUCAUGUAAAUAAACAAAAUAUUGGAGUUAUAGCAUUAUAUUUUGAAAAGAGUGUCUUAAGUUAAUAGGUUUUAUGAAUGAACAGGAUAAUGUAACAAAGCAAUGUUACUCAUGGACAUGUUUUAAGAUUACUUUGUUCAUGCAAAACCCUAUUGAGAUGCUCAAAAAGAAUUAGCCACCCAAAGGCAUUCAUAAAAAUGUUUCACCUGACAUGCAACAAUUAGAUCAUGUGCCUCACCCACUUGCUGUCACAUGAUUCCCUUUUAUCUUGUAGCAUAGCCCGAGGUGAAUGAAAGCAAGAGCCAGAAUUGGGGUGAGUUUGAUAAGAGUGGGCUUUCCGAAUGAUAAAUAUUCAGUAUUAGUCCUAAGCCUGCCAUUUCCUCUAUUUUUGUUCAUAAUGCUUGCAUCCGGCCUCUACCAGUGUAGGAUUUGAUUGUUAUGAGCAUGUUUAAUCAGCUAUCUUCCCUCUGUUUGCACAUCAAUGCAUGAUAACCUGCGGGGGUGUCUCUCACUGAGAUAACGAUGAUUGAGUGGCCCCUCUAUGUUAAAGAGUAUUAUGUAUUCACCCAGGUUAUACUGUGGACCUAUCUUAUUUGUGAACUAUAAUGAGGGCCACAGCAGAUUGCAAUGCUGUUUUAUUGGAAUGAUACUGCAUUGGUUUGUGGAUAGUGGUAAUCCACUUUUAAAUAAAAUAAACACUUUUAUACAUUGA